AUGGAGAGAGAUUCAAAGGGCAAGACCACGGAAGAGAGUGAAGUAGGAGAAGUUAGAUACAGAGGAGUAAGAAACCGGCCGUGGGGGAAAUUCGCAGCGGAGAUACGCGAUUCGACUAGGCCUCGAUCCCCACGGAUGUGGCUCGGGACUUUUAAUACGGCAGAGGAGGCAGCGAGAGCUUACGACAAAGCUGCUCAUUCGAUGAGGGGUCAUUUGGCUAUUCUUAAUUUCCCUGACGAAUAUCCCCCCUCCUCUUCUUCUUCCUCGUCCGUUAUGGUACCAAUUUCUUCAUCUUCGAUUGCGGAGAAUGCGGAAAGAAAAGAAGGUGGGAGGGGGAAUGAGGUUUUUGAAUUCGAGUAUUUGGAUGAUAAGUUGUUAGAAGAUCUUCUUGGGUAUGAAGAGAAGAAACUCAAUGACUGAUAACGUAAGAAUUUAGUCAGUUUAUUGGGCUGAAUAGCGAGUUAUUAAAAAAAA